AUGCAGCUCGAUCGUCAACUGCCGAAAUAUAUUGAUGUAGAAGGAGUAGAAGGUGUAGAAGGUGAUCAAGAUAGUGAUCAAUUGUUUACCGAUGAAGAAGAAGAAGAAAUUGAAAUGGAAGAAGAGGAAACUAUUUAUGAGAGAGCACAGGAUAAUUCUGUUGAAACCAGGAUGAUAGAAGAAUCAUUUCCAGUUAUUGAAGACCCAAAUACAGAAAUAAUGGAAGAAGAAGAUGGUAAAGAAACAGAGGCAGAAAAAGAAGAAAGAGAAAUGAACGACCAGAACAUCGAAUUGGCAGCAAAACUUCACAUAUCAACAUUUGGAAAAUGUUAUGUUUGUGAAGAAAUAGGAAUAGUAUACGGCUGCAUAUACUUAUGUUACGAGUGCGAGUCAAAAAUGGAAGAACUGGUUAAAAAGGGAACAACAGUCUUUUGCCGUGGUGGAUCGUAUGAAAAAAUCUAUUACAAUUCGGAAUUAAUGAAACAGUAUGUGGAUGGAGGAUCUAAAGAAAAGUCCUUGGAAGAAAAAGGUGCCGAUGCUCACUUUGCCAAAUACUUGGAUCGGUGUUGGGAUCGAUAUGUUCAAUGGAUCUGGGAGCAGAAAGACAUCUUUCAACUGAACGUCGACCAAGUGAUCGUUCUUUUAAAAGCAAAUGGCAACAAAGGAAAGUACCUAACAGCAAUAGCCGAUCAGGUAGGCAAAGGGCCAGCCUUCAAAGUGGACGGGGGAUACAUCAAUCCAGAUAACAUAAAAUCCUAUAAGCACAGAUGCUUGCUCAUUAUUAUCCUGAAUAUAGCCACACAGAUGUUCCAUUUAAAAUUUACAUUUUACCAUUUGUAUCUCCUAAAGUUGGUUUGCCUCUUCAAGUUAGACGAGACAGCAAGUGGAGCGAGUAUCGCUCAUCCAGAAGCAACGAUAUUAGCUGAAGAAUAUUCGAUCUUAUUACAGAAAAUAUGUGAAGAAAAAGAGCAAGCGGUAACAGUCGAAGAAGUUAUGAGUUUGGUACAGUCCCUUGACAAGCAACUGACCAUCAGAGAUAAAAACAGUAAGACAGUGGAAAGACAUAUCGAGGAUUUAUUGGAGGAAAAUCGAGGAAAGAUCAGUUUUCAACCUCCAGAUCAGGAGUCAAGAUGCGUGAUUGUUCGCAAAUGUAUUUGAGUAAAGUGUUCCUGUAUAAAUUGUCUAAUGUGACCAAGAUAAGCGUAACUACCUUCGA